AUGGAAACCCUUAAUUUGACCGCUGGUCAUCUGUCUCCAGACGCUGUUUGGAAAGCAGCCGAGGAGAGUACCAAGAACUCAUCACUGGCCCAUGAACCACAAGAGGGGAUAACCACCAACGCUGAUCCCCCCAUUGAGCCUGCUUCACCAAGCACAAUUGGAGGUGUCACGACUCAAAAGCCCGAGUCAUCAGAUGCAUCAGAUGGCGAUACCGACCUUGAGGAAUCGUCCUCGGUCUCUCAAAGAGAGGUCAUCUCGAAACUCGAAGAAAAGAUCCGGGUGUUGGAAUCCCUGCUGUGGGAUAGCAAUGGCGAUGCCGACCUUGAGGGGUUAUCCUCGGUCUCUCAAGGAGAGAUCAUCUCGAAACUUGAAGACAAGAUCCGGGUGUUGGAACCCCACUGUGGGAAAGCAGUAACCAACUUAGUUCUCACGACUCCUUAUGCAUCUUUAAAGCGAAAGGUGCAAGAGGAGCAGUAUGACCAAUCUCCAAAAGGAUAA